AUGUAUCAGGAAUGGAUGCCUGGUGUCAUUCCAUAUCUCGAGUCGUGUCCAGAUGUGACUGACCUCAAGAUAGCAGCGUAUCCACCAUGUCCGCACGCACUGGUGUCGCGAUGGACUUGUACUCAUGGACAAAACGUAUUGACACUACCAUCCGAUCUGGUUCAGUUUUUGAAAUGUUCUGAUGGAUUGCUUUUUACAUGGAAUGUAGAGAUUGAGCAUUCAAGUCGCAUAUUGGGUAGAAUGCAUAUCAAAUCACUGGUCGAUAUGAUUCAAAUCGACUCUGCGUUGCUUCCAAGAAGUCUUGAUCGUGUUGAAUAUGUACAGAAUCCAUCUCUUUUUGGAGCAUUUGUGCUAGAUGAAUGUAAAUCUAUGGGUCAAGUGUGUUUAUGCUAUGGAUUUGACACAAUCCUUCCAAACAAUACAAGACCACUUGCACACAAUCCAUCUUUGCCAACAGUCUGGUUUCGAGUAGAAUCAACAUCGGAAUGGGUAUUUGUUGCGUAUUCAUUUACAGCGUAUUUCCGGCUCAUGGUUGCUCAUCUUGGGAUUCUGGGAUGGCAAAUGGGAUACUCUGCUGGUGGACUAUCACCGUUUACAUCUGAUUGGCUAUGUUUUUAUGCUCCAUCGACAGCAAUGUUGCAUCGGCAGCAUCGAGCAUCACAAUCCAUCGUUUUCGAAUACAACACCACACAACAAUCUCGCGCGCCAGAUUUGCAAUUGUCGACUCAAACACGACUGGAAGCAUCUCGAAAUGUACUGGCUCAAGCAGGACUAUACUCGAGAUCUACCGCAUGUAAAAAUGUACACAUGGAUGAGUUGUAUUCAAAUGAUGGAGAUUUGAAAUAUUUGAAAAAACAAGCACCAUUGGAAUGUUCAGACCGACAUGCUAUUGAUUUGGAUAAGCUGCAACAGAUGGUUUUAUUUGUUUGUAAAUAA